CCUCUUUGCAGUUUGCAUGAAAUACUGAAUAUUUCUGUUCUGUUUUCCUGGUACCGAAGCAUAUGGUAACCCCAAAAUUUAGGAGUUCCUCACAUUCUCGAUCAACACACCUGUCCCUAACAACAGCAUCAGUUGUCCCCUCUAAUGUUUUACCAAGUCUUCCUCCUCGUACACACCAGAUCCGAAUAUUACUCUGCUGUGAAUGUGAUCAAAACGCAGCCCAUUUCAGUGCUCAGAAUAUCCCCUGCACUUCUCUCUCCUCUGACUGCUUCCUCUUAAUUAUUAUACCACCAAACCAACCAACACUUGUUCAUUCAUUCAUUUGAAAAUUCAGUUAGUUUGUAAUCCUUCUCAUCAUCACAGGGGUUCCAGCAUCUUAACAAGGUGGUGGAAACAUGACCCUCAAGGGCGGCACAACACAGGCCUGCGCCGCGUGCAAGUACCAGCGCAGAAAGUGCACUCCCGAGUGCCUUCUCGCGCCUUACUUCCCCGCAGACCAGCCCAAGAUCUUCCUCAAUGUCCACAAGCUGUUCGGAGUCAGCAACAUUGUAAAGAUUUUAAAAAUCCUGGAGCCUAGUCAGAAGAAAAUCGCCAUGGACUCCAUCAUCAUUCAAGCUAAUUACAGGGAUAAGUACCCUGUGCACGGUUGCUGCGAGGAAAUUGGCAGGCUUCAGUACCAAAUUUGGCUUGUGGAAGAAGAGCUUCAUGCAGUUUACCAACAGCUUGAAAUGUGCAGGCAGCAGCAGCAACACCAGCAGCAUAAUGACGGCAUGGCAUUACCUGAUGAUGUUACUUCGCAAUUAGAAUUGGGAAUGGCACCACGUUCUAAUAAUGCGCUGCAACUCUUUAACCAUCCUCCACCGCAACAGCAGAGUUACAACACGGUUGCUGCGAUAUCGCAGCAACAUUCUUACUCCAACAGCAACAGCGUGGAUUAUAACAAUAACUCGCUGUACAUGGAUUCUAAGGAUAAUGUCACAAAUCCUUUAUGGGUUCAGUAUCAGUACCAAAACAACAACAGCAAUGAUUCAGUAGCUAUGCAAACUCAGUUGGUUGCUUCGCAACAGCCAUUAGCCAUCCAACAAGAAGUUGUUGAAGAUUAUGAUGAGAUGCAUCCAUUUUUUGACACAGUUGAUGAUAGACAAUCAUACGUUUAUUCCAAGGAGGCUUAUGAAUCAAGCUCAGAAGAAUCACUGAAAGACACGAGAAAGGGCAGUGAGCAUGUUUCUGAGAAUGAACUGAAGAGUGCUGCUGCAUGCUUCAGCCUUACCAGUGUUAACUGAUAUUAGUGAGCAACCCCCUCCCCUCGGCAAAAAAAGAUGAUGUACUAGGUUUCAUUUUCCCUUUCCUUUUUGGAAUCUUCUAUUUUUUUUGUAAGUUUUUUAUUAUUGAGUUUCCAAUCUUUCUCGUCGACAUUUUAAAUAGAAACAUACUCUUUCCAUGGUCUAUCAAAUUGUUGGUCAUGUGAAGGCGAAGAAUAAUAUCUAGACUGGAUAUUUUCAUCAAACAAUACCGAUUAUUUGUCAGUUUUUAGCUGCUAGCUCAUAUUCCUCAACAGAAGCACAUAUAACUGCAUGCAAAUUUGGGUGCAACUUUAAAUCUUUCCUU